GGGAAAAUGAAAGUACACGCCCAGCCCUCGUUUCAGCAUAGACACGGAGCAUAGAGGAUCUAUCUGCCACUGUAAUAUAAGCACGUUUUUAAGAGGAUGGCCAUGGAGUUGCAGGCGGUGGUCAUGGCUGUUGGAGGAGGCUCUCGUAUGGGGGAGCUAACUGCAAGCAUCCCAAAGCCACUGCUUCCUGUAGGAAACAGACCUUUGCUGUGGUAUCCAUUGAAUAUGCUUGAGCGGGCAGGAUUUGAGGAGGCGAUAGUGGUGACUACUAAAGAAGUGCAAAGAGAGGUGCAGAAGUCUUUUCCAGACACCAAAAUGAAACUGGAUAUCGUGUGCCUUCCUGAGGAUAAGGCCACUGAGAUGGGCACUGCAGAUUCCUUACGCCAUAUCUAUCAGAAAAUUAAGACUGAUGUUUUAGUUACAAGCUGUGACCUUAUCACGGAGGUAGCGCUGCAUGAGAUUGUUGAUUUGUUUCGAGCCCACAAUGCCUCAGUCUCUAUGUUGAUGCGGAAGGCAUCAGAGCCCAUCGAAAAUGUUCCAGGGCUGAAAGGGAAGCAGAAGGCAGUGGAAGAACGAGACUUUAUUGGUGUAGAUGACAAAGGAACCCAUCUCCUGUUACUGGCAAAUGAGGAGGACUUGGAUGAUGGUCUGAAUUUAAAGAAGAGCCUUCUUCAGAGGUACCCUCGGAUCCACAUUAAAAUGGGGAUGGUAGACGCACAUCUGUACUGCCUGAGGAAAUACAUAGUGGACUUCCUGGCCGGCGAUCACUCAUUUAGCUCCAUUCGUAGAGAAUUAAUACCUUACCUAGUAAGGAAGCAGUUCUUGUCUUCAUUGACCUCACAGCAGAAGAAGGAAGAGCAGGAAGAGCUUAAUGGAGGAAAGGAAUCUAUGCCAAAUGAUAUCUAUAGCUUUAUUACACAAGAUAAGCUGUUGGACAGAGCGCUGGAAAUGUCCUGCUGGAAUGACCAUCGUGGUGAUAUGCGGGAGCCAUACCAUGGGAGCAGACUUCGAUGUUAUGUUCAUGUGGCUGGGAAUGAGCUGUGUUGCAGGGUCAAUAGUCUGGCUAUGUAUAUUGAUGCCAACAGACAGGUACCACGGCUAUUGUGUGAGGUGUCUAAUGAAGACCCACGUGUCCAUCCAUUGGCUAUGAUCGCUGACAAGCUGAUGGUGGGUGCAGACAGCAUGAUUGGAGCACAGACACAGGUAGCGGAGAAGAGUUCUAUAAAACAUUCUUUGCUUGGGUCCAAUUGUACCAUCAAAGAUAGAGUGAAGAUAACAAACUGCAUUAUAAUGAAUGAAGUCACAAUUCAGGAAUGCUGUACAAUCCAGGGCAGUGUAAUAUGUAAUAAUGCAGUGAUAGAGAGUGGCGCAGAUAUCAAAGACUGCUUAGUUGGGCCUGGUCUGCUAAUUACCAGUAAAGCAAAACGAGUCAAUGAAAUAAUCAUGGGCAAUGAGCAGCUGAUGGAGAUCUAACGAGAAGGCCAUUCUGCUUCAUUUUCAAACUCUUUCCCUUUCUUAUUUAUAUGAAAUAAAAUCUUUGGAGCCAACAUAA